AGUAGGAACAGUAACAGUGUGAAUAAGUAGGAAUAGUUGGCGGGUAGCGAGGCCAUCGUGUAGGUUUGAGUCGUGACGGUCACGCAAAGGUUAAAGACUGGUGGCGUGUGUAGUGCGUGCAAGUCCGGGGUGCGACGUCGGGUUAGGCAUGCAGCAAUCAUGAUUUGCUUGUUAUUUGAGGUGACAAGUGGCGACUCUCCCGACGGCUCCGGGGACCGGGCACACGUACGGAAUGCAGCGGCGCGCUGCGGGGUGCGGGAGGGGGCCGUUGCUGCCGCGGCGAUGUUCGCUGCUGCCCGCCAGUCAGCCGCGCGCCACCCGACACGAGUGUUGUACGAGCAGCGCGCGACACCAUCUCCGCCCGCACGCAGCGGAGUAUGCUACAACAGAUGUCCUUGCCGCCGAGCGCACAAGCUGGCGAGAUCUCGACUCACGUGCGCUCCGUUGAAGGCCGAAUGUUAGGUGAUGCCUCAUCGGAGGCCUCUUCAGACGCCGCGGAAGACAUUGAAUUGCCGGAUUGUAAAAUAAAGAGGAAUUAUAGCUGCACUAAAUGCAAAUUUUAUACGCAAAACCCACGCGCGUAUCUCUUGCAUUCGCGGGACGUUCACUUUGAAAGAAUUAAAAUUUAUGAAUGUCCGUAUUGUAUUUAUGCUUCGCGUCAUAAUCAAAAACUGAUAAGGCACGUAAAAAUGGUACACGAGAUGCCUUCUCAUUUAAAAUUGGAGUCUGAUAUUAACAACUCAGCAUCUCCUGAGAAACCGGAGCCAAAAGUUGAAAACAUGGAAGAUUUACUCGAAGAGAUAGAGGAAAUAGAUGACGUACAAAUAGACCUCGAGGACUGCAACGAUGAAUCAUUUGAUCGCAACCACUUUUCUGAAGAACAGAACAUGCCUAGUAAUAACAAGAAGGAAUCAAAAACAAACAAUAAAUUCUAUACCUGCCAAAAAUGUAGUUACGUUACACAUAUAAAGACAAGAUAUACUAAACAUGUUAAAUAUCACUCUUUGCCAAUGAUAAAGUGUACUGUGUGUGAUUUCCGGACUCCUUACAAAUGGAACUUGGAUCGUCAUAUGAAGAACCACGGUGGUGGUGGAAGCUUCCACUGCACGGUAUGCAACUUCACAACCGAUAUCAGACAAAGUAUGACUGUUCACGAGAUAAAUCAUCACUCGCCACAUGCGGGAAUAGCGAGGUCAAACUGCCGCCGCAAUCGGGUGGGCGGCAGUGACCUGACGAUUGGAGCGGAUGAUAUGGAUGAGGAUUCGCUGAUUAUGAAAGAGGAAGAGAGUUGUGACUCGCAGUCGUCGCCGUGUGCGUCGGACAUGGGUUUACAAUAUAUGGGAAAAGACAUGAUCAAUUGCAAUAGUGAUUCAAAUGAAGGUACGACAUCAGACAUAGUGAAAGAAAACAUGCAUCUACCACAUCAUUCUCCACCCCAAACAACUUCCGAUGAGAUCAAAAAACAAUGCAAAAAGAUCCCCAGGCCUAUACCGCAACUUAUACCUCUUAAUGCUUCCACUCCAAAUCACAAGUCUCAAACAGGUGAACCACCUGCUAAGAAACUCAAAGAAUCAGUGAGUCCAGAGGCUUUAGAAGAUAACACUAAAGAUAAUUCAGGGAUUGAUAUAACCUUAACACCUGUUAAUAGCUUGCCAGGCAGAGAAGCUACCAACCGUAAAAAGAAUGAGUCAUUCUUUGACAAACUAAAAGAACGACUUUUAACAGAAACAGGAGAGGAAGGUUCACUAAUAUGUAAAAAUUGUGGAUUUGAGAGUAAAUGCCUAUCUGAACAUUCUGUUCAUGAAAAAACUUGUACAGUUCAGUCAAGUAGAUCUUCAACUAAUACAUUACUUCAAAGUUUGAGUUCAACACGUUGCCAAAAUUGUAGACAUAGAUGUAAGUCUAGCGCAGAUUUAAUCAAUCAUUUAAAAACGUGUGGAGGUAUAAAAGGGAGCGACGAGAAAAAUGUAGAAGCGCAUAGUCACGAUAGUAAUGAAGCGGUUUUAUCUUCUUUUGAGAAAGAAGUUGAACCCCAUCCAAUGGAAAAUGUCGUAUUUGUUUGGAAUAAUAUUAAUACUGAUUCAAAUAAAUUCGAUACUCCUCUUGGUAUUAAUAUCAAUGAUGACUCUACACUGCCAGAAAAUAAACACCUAGACCCCGAUAUUAUCGAUGAUAAUGAAACUAUGAACUUAUCGCCUAGCCAAGCAGUUGGAAAGAAAGUUUUCAAGUGUCCACACUGUAUGUUUUGGGCAUCCACUGCCUCAAGAUUUCAUGUUCAUAUAGUUGCACAUCUGAAUAGGAAACCGUUCGAAUGUUCUUUAUGCAAAUAUAAAUCAAACUGGCGAUGGGAUAUAACCAAACAUAUAAAAUUAAAAUCGGCUAGGGAUCCAGACCACGCCGAAGCUAAAGUACUCAUGACUGAUGAAACAGGAAGGCGUAAUUAUAGCAAAUAUAAUAAAUUUUUAGCAAUGCCCGUUCUAAAUGAUAAAGGAGAAAAUGAAUUUCAUUAUGUUGAUCCACACACCCCAAUGGACACGAACUUGGACGAAGAUACACUGCAAGAUAUCGGUGAUAAUAUGAAUUCUCCAUAUGAAAUGCAACCUCUUAAUUUACAAACACAGCAAAAUCAAUACAGAUAUGAUUCUGAUAACUUAAAUGCUAGUCUUAAAAAACCUAAAAAAACUAUUUGGAAAUGUAAAAAGUGCAAUUACAAAGAUUCCUCGAAAGAAGCCUUACUAGAACACGUGCGAGAACAUUCUAGACCCGAAGAUAGUUCUGGUGAUAUAAAAAGUCAACAAAAGAAGCCCGAAAUUGCCAUAGACCCAGCAGACUUGGCAUAUAGAUGUGGGCAUUGCAAUCAACUAUCUAAUUGGAAACACGUCAUACAAAGACACUGCCGUUUGAAACACGAUGGAAUUAUAAAUGUCAUAACUACAUUAAAACCAAAACCGGAUCCUAACGCAGCAGCUAACGAAAUCAGUAGUGACAAGUGCUCAAAAUGUCCGUUUUCAACUACCGACAAAAACUUGCUUGCGGCACAUUUACAGCAUCAUCAACCUUCUCCCCAAUCAAUAUUUAAAUGCUAUUUUUGUCCUUAUUUCGUGAAAGAUGAACAAGAACUCAUACAACAUUUGGUAUUGCACGGUGUGAACGACCCUGAAGAAUAUAUUUCAAAGGCUUUGGGAAGCAAAUCUCCUCUGCCCGACCCGUUGAACUCCCAAUUAAAUUUUAAUAUAUCGUCAACAGCUAAAAGACACAAAUGUUCUGAAUGUCCGUAUGAAACUAAUAGCAAGUCUCAAUUUAUGUAUCACGAACAAUUCCACCGCUACCCAACAGAUACUGCAUACAAAUGCACAGAAUGUAAUUACAGUGUUUCCAAGAGACAUUUACUCCAUCAACAUUUACGAGUUCAUGGAAUAGUCUCUAAAAAAGGUGAAUCGGAUAUAGAGCUAGAGACAAUGUCAUCUAGUUCAAUUCAAAACGAAGUAGACCAAUCUAAUGAUACUGACGAUAUCCCUUACGUCUGGGUAUCAGCCAAAGACGAGUUUCACAAAAUGUACAAGUGCCGUUACUGUUCGUAUGUCAAUGCUCAAAAGUGUAAAAUACCAAAUCACGAACAAAUUCAUUUCAUAGUUUUCGAAAAUAGCGAUAUAACCGUAUAUAAGUGUUUGGAAUGUAAAUUUACCUGUGAUAACAAAACUCGACUAGCUGAUCAUUCUAAAUCUCAUGGAGAAAUAUAUGGUCGUAUUUAUUGUCCAGUCGAUUUCGAUAUCCCAGAUGAAGAGCAGAUAGCUAAAUUACGUAAGGUUAUCGAAAAGGAAAAAAGCAGUAAUCCAGAAGACGUUCCACGUGAUGACGCAGUAACAGGGGAAAACAAGGACAUUAAAACGAUGUAUUUCUGCCAAAAAUGUCCCGCAAGAUAUUUUUCAGAUAAUGAACUCCGAAUUCACGAUAAGUUUCAUGAUUCAACGUUUCCGUAUAAAUGCAAGACGUGUGAAUUCUCGGUACCGCAAGAAAGUGAACUCGAAGUUCAUAAUAUUGUACACACGGAUGAAUAUAAUACCAAAUCAAAAAUGCUAAAGUUUAUACAUAAGGUGCACCCAGCCCAUAAAGAACCUCGUAUUCAAUAUCUUCAUUGUCAAGUUUCAUCAGAAGGCACAUGGGUAGUUUCUAAUCCAAGCAAAAACUUUGAGUACCCAGAAAGUACAAAGAAAUCUGGAGACAACAAACACACUCCAAAACAAUACUUCUGUAAGGAAUGCCCAGCAAAAUUCUUCAAAACUUCUGCAUUAAACUACCACGUGAGUUUACACGGAGGGGAAGGGGACCAUAAAUGUAAAAAGUGCAGUUAUACAGUAAAAAAUAUUGGAAACCUUGCAAAACAUGAACUCUUGCACGAAAAUGAAGGUAAAACUGGAUGUGACUAUGAAUCUGGCGAUGACAUGGAUUACAAAAAUAUUCCAUUGUCGGGAACAGAUUUAUUCCAACGAAAAACUGAGGCCCAAAAACGAGUGCUUACGGAUAAAGAUAAGUUAGUUAAACCAAAUGAUCACUUCCCACCUGUAUUGCAAGCCGACCCACAAUUUGGGUAUUUAAUGCAUGGUAAUCCAGAAUUCAUCUAUCCUACAUAUCUGAAAAACGGAAGACAAAAAGAAAAGAGGUACAAGUGCCACAAAUGUCCUUCAGCAUUCGAAAAGCGUGAACAAUACAAAAUUCACUUAUCACUGCAUGGUUCAAAACAACGAUACAAAUGUGAGUUGUGUGAUUAUUCAGUCAAAUAUUAUGCAAAUUAUGUACAACAUAUGCGAAAACAUCAAAUGAAUGAUGAAGCACAGGCUGAAAGAAAAAAGGGUACAAAUGGUUUGCCUGAAACCGAAGGUGACAACCUGGAAGGAAAACAGGAUGACAAAGAAGAAAAUAUCAAAUUAGCCAUUAAAACUAUGCCUAAAAGGCCAAAAAGUGAUUUUCAACAAUUUUCAAUUAGUGAUCAACAAACUCUUCGUUUACUGCAGCGAAAACGUUCUAUUAACAGUAGCGAGAUUAUUGCAAACGAUCCAUCACCUACGAAGGAUCGAAAAAUACACAUGUGUUUAUUGUGUCCAUAUACAAAUCAACGGCAAGAUGCACUUCAUAAUCAUUACAAAAGACACGACGAAACAGAAAUUUAUAAUAGCAGUGGAGGGAACAACAAAUGUUCAUUCUGUGAUUUGGUUGUAAUACAAUCACAUUUCCUCAGAGAACACUUAAAAACUCAUUUCCAUUAUAUGAAGAAUUUAGUAUCAGAAUGCUUUAUUGCUAACGAAGAUGUAAGCUUUACUAUAAAUAAAUUAGAUGUAGAUGAAGAUCAGACUGAAAUGAAAAUUGAUAUCCAACAGAAAAGAAUACAAUGUAAUGGGGAAAAAACGUUUGUCAAAAUUCAAACUGGUGAAGUACUGGGAGAAUCAUAAUGUGUGUUUAUAUCAUACAUUUUAUAUCAAAGUGUAGAAUUAUAUUGAAUGUUAAUUUGUUUUUUAUAUACUCUAUAAUUAGUCCUCACCUAAAUUUAUAUAUCAUCAAGUGAUGUUGUUUUCGAUUCGCCAAAGUGUAACUUGCCAUCUUAGAAAAUAGAAUAGACAAAACAUGAGACCGACAAAGUUUAUUAAUCUUAAUAAAUACUAGGGCCAGUAAAUGUUUUUGUAGUUUUUAAUAAAACUUUUAAACGUAACGUAUGCAAAGUUUAUAUUUGUAGGAAUUUUGAAUUUUUCUAACAAUGCUAAUUUCAUAAAACUUUAUCAGUUCUGUUAGACUCUUAAAUAAAAGAUUUGUAAAUUAGACAAAGGUAUGACCCUGAAAUAAUGCCAUUUCAAUUUGUUUAUAAUGUUUAAUUAUUAUGACUACAUAAGUCUGUAGAUAUUUUAUUUUAUUUAAUCUUACGAAGUUUUUGCUUUACUGUAAGCAGUGAUUUGUUAGUCCAUUGUCUACAGUUUUAUAUCUAAACACAUAUAAUAUUAUGUAUAAUAUCACUGUUUUUAAUCCAGUUUAAAGCAAAACUUUAUAAGCAAAUAAAUUAUUUGAUUUUAAUGUUUAUAAUAUUUUGCAUACUAGUAACAACAUAAAUUAAUAGAACAAUGUUACUUUUAAAUUUUAAAGUGGACAAUAAGAAAUAACCAAAUUGUUAUUAGUUUCUAUAUUGAGUAUAUCUCUACUUAAAACUAUUUUACUUAAUAUUAUGUAUAAAUAGUUUAAGAUGUUAUAAGCAAAACUAAAAUUAUGUUAAUUUUAAUUUAGAACUAAAAUUUUGUCCUAAAGGACACAUUCCCAUUGUCACAAACAAAUUUGACAAAAUAAACAUGUGAUGAGA